ACCUGACCGAGGCACCAGCCAGCAUCAGGUGGGCCGGCCGCAGCACCGCACCGUCAAGGCGUGUGUGUUUCGUGAAGGACCACGUCAUCAUCACCUUGACAACUGCGGUGUAGCUGACCACAAAGUGACAGAAGCUGGGCCUUGAAAGGCCUAGCCAUUGUUCAGAGAUCGGGGUCAGCCAGUGAUGAUCUUUUGCAGUUUGUGGAGAUGGACACCUUUGGCAGUAAGUUACAGCAGAAGGCUCUGCAGCAACCUAAGCAGAAGAAAUCCAAGUCGGCUGAAUUUCUGAUGGGGGAAGAUGAGAGAGCUGCUGUGGUGGGCAUUGAAAACCCAGCCUUCGAUGGAGAAGGAAGCGCCAAGCUUUCCGUUCCUCUGGUUCGGCCGGGGAGAGAAAUUCGAGGUGACAGGCCAGAUAGCACCCUUGCAGCUCACCAAAAAAAAAUGGAGCUGCAAGCCCCUGCCAAAGAAAGAGGAAAUGAACGUGCCCAAAAUUACUUUGACCCAUCGUCAGCGGAGCAGACGGACCCAAGGCAUCGCAGGAUGGCUGGGGUCAAUGCUGAAGAUGAGCUGGAAUUAACAAUACUGAAUGCCGAUGAAAAUGGGCUGUAUCAGAGAAUGACUGAGCUGCUGGAUGAGGAUGACACCUUCAUAGACUUGCCAGGUAUGCUGCUAGCCUCCAGGGAUGAGGAGGUGUUGGAGGUGAAGGCGGGUGAGCCGGUGCUUCAGCGGCGACUGCUGCUCCACGAUGGUGGUGUUGCCUCAGGCCCCGGGCCCUCCCAGGCCCAAACCAUCGCCAAAACCCAGGCUGGGACUAGCGCUGGGUUUGUAGCAGAGGCUGGACCUGAAGCAAUGGUGAUGGGCAGGGAGAUCACUGUGAAAAUGAGGCCAGCAGAGGAGAUGAUCCCCCGCUACGCCCAGCAGCUGAGGGAACGCGUGCGGCCUGACAUGAUCACGCUUGGCAGCCUUUCACUGCAGCAGCAGGCCACUCAGAAAGGUCUGUGGAAUAAGAACGAGUGGGCAAACAGAAAGAAGAAACUGAUGGCCUUCUUCAGUGGGAAUGCUAAGGAGGUCCAUUCACAGAGAGUCUGUGACGAGCCUGUGAGGGGAGCAGCACAGCGCAGGCUAAAUGCAUUGCCUCAGUGCAGCAGAACCACGGAGUGCCCGUCACUCAGAGUGCUUGGGGAAGGCCAGGAGGAAGUGAUAGCCAAAUAUGACCAGAUGACAGAACUCCCACAGUCCUUCUCUGCAACAUCACAGCCACUGUGGCAGGUGAACCAGUGCAAAAGCCUCCAUACUGUCGAGGUGUGUGUGCGAUGCCUGAGGGCUGUCAGAGACAAGCUUCCCAGGGGCCUCUACUCAGUCAGCGUGGCCCUUCACAGCUGUUUAGGGGGUCCAGCCAUGGCCUGGUCCAUUCUGAAGGAGCAGCAACAGUGGGCCGAGACAACAGAGCCAGUUGAGCACCAAGGCCGCUUCUUCAGCAUCGACUUGCAUAUUAACCAGAGCCUGUACAUGCAGGUGUUACCUGCACCCAGUGAGGCGCUCCCCUCCAUGGUCCUGGUGUUCCAACUGGUCGGCCUGCUUGGAGACCACGGCCACACCGGCUCUGUGCUGGCCUGGGGGGCCUAUCCCGCAUGUGACCCAAGCCUCAGGCCCGUCCAGGGCAGGUUCAAAACUCCUCUGCUCAGGGGUGGCCCGAACCCACAGCUGGACCAGUUCAAAAAAAUCGAAGGCCUCAUCUCCUCUGAUCUGGACUACUGGCUCUGCAACUUAUACUUUCAGGUGAAGAAGCUCCCCUGUGGGACCUCAGUGAUGGCGGAGCACUGUGUCAACCUUUCCAUACCACCUCUGCACCCCCCUGUUGUCCCCCUAACUGAAGUCCAUCACAGCCCACCUCAGGCCACCCAACCCCAGCCUCAGCCACUGCCCAACCCCCCUCCACAGCCCUUGUCCCAGUCCCAGCUCCGUCCGCAGCCCCACCAUCUUCAGCCUCAUCCACACUCUCAGCUACACCCACAACCCCAUCCUCAACACCAGCUUCACGCCGGCCCCAGCAGCAAAGCAGGAGAGCCCGCUGUGGAGCACUCUCACCGGGGGUCUCCUCUCCACCUGUCAGCUGACUCCGCCUGCUCUUCUUCCUCUUUACCAGGGAAGAAUUCCUCCUCGGGAGCCAUUUCUGGAAACAUGGGGGAGAAGAGUGAUCCAUGCAGGGAGAAAGCAGAGGGUGGAAUUCACUACAAGAAGAAGCCAAUCAAGAAGACAAAUAGCUGCGGCCCCAGCGUGAGCGGCAGCAGCGCACUGCCUCGGCAGGCAGGCAAACAGGAGAUGCAGCCUUCGACGGAGAACCUCUCCACGGAGGAGAUGGAGGAGUAUACAUUCUCCCUACAACCGGCAUUGAGUGGACCUGGUUCCCGCCCCUCACGCCUUUCUGACCGAGCCCGUUUGGCUCUCCGCAUGCUGCCGUCCGAGCUGGGCCUGCCGUUGCCGCAGCAACAACAGCGGCUUAGUAGCUGGCGUAGCUCCAUUCAGCAGCUCGGCCUCAUUAUACUGCUGCUGGCUUUGAUGUGGUUUGUGAGGCUCUACCUGCAUUACUGCAGCCAGUGGCUCUACCUCCAGGCCAUGGCAGUUCCUGUCAACAAAUUCCAGUUCCAUGCACACACUGUGGACCUCGUUUACCAGAGUUCUCUGCUCCACACCCGGGAGGAGCUGGCGAUGGUGGUGGUGGGACCCCUGACCUUGAACGCAGUAACGUUCCUGCUGGUUCUGAUCAGAUGGGGCUGUCAACAGAUAUUUGGCUCACUCCCUUCCUUCACGUCAAAGUUUAUCAUGGCUCAGGGAGUGUGGACAGUCCUCGACCCCCUGGCAGUCUUUGCAGUGGACGCCGUCCUCGGGCGUCUUGCCUACAGCCCGGACACACCGGUGGGUGACGCAGCCAAGCUUUACUGGCAUUUCUAUCGAGCUGACCAAUCGGGUGCAGCAGGAGUGGUCAUCACCCUUUUCCUCUACGCAGUCCUCUUCCUCCUCUCCAUCACCAUUCUUUCCAUUUACCUGCUCAGAUUCCACAACGAUGGGCGCAUGCUGGAUGUCUUUCAGCGACUCACAGCCAAAGAGGGAACCUACUUCCUGCCUCAAGACCUGGAACUGUCCAAUCAGGAGCUGAGCUAUAUCGUCAAGAAGGCGGAGCAGUGGAGAGGCUUCAAUGGGGAGAGGCGCAAGGUGGCAGUGUACGACUACAUCUGGACAGAGGAGGAUCCCUCGGUGGGCCCUGCACCCCCCAACGCAGACCCCCCCAGAGGGGGUGCCCCAUCACAAGUGGCAGCGGGUGAGACCAGCACCCAUGUGGCAAUCUACACCCUCUACCUGAGUGGGCUCCGGCAAAGACAUAGGCACUUCCUUCGGCAACCAGAUGGGGCUCUCGUAGAGGUGAUUGGUGACAUGGAAGGAGUCGAUAAUAUGACCAACACGGUGCCCCGCCCAGGUCAGAGGUGUGCCAGACUGAAGGAAGAAGAGGGCACCAGCUCUACCCAUCAACUACGGAAGAGGAAGAAGCCAUUUUGGAGAUCCCAUCGUGUUGAGCCAGUAGGGGGAAGCGGGUGUGACUCCACGUUUGCACUGCAAGACCUCAGCCAAUGAGUUCAAAGCAAAGGCAGAGAGAGUUGCACCCUGUAGUGAUCCCAGAGCCACUCGCCAGCACCCAGAGAGACUCCCCAACCCAGGGCCCAGGAGAGCCUGCACAACAGAGAGAAAAGGAGAACAAAGCCAACCUGCAAAGUAUUAAAAAGUUAAAACGUGUACUUUGAUAGCCCCGGCCUACCUAUUGCGGCGGCGCUGAUCCGACCCCAGGGAGACUGACAGCAACACAGAGAAGGAGGGAAUACAGAGGAGAAGGAGAAGAAGAAGUGGGCCACGGCAAACCCCAAACUCUUCUCUUCUUCUAUUUUCCAUAUCUACACACACAUACACACACACACACACACACACACUGGAGUUUGAUAUAUGCAGAGCUGAUGGUUUUGCUACUCUGUUCCAAUGCAGCAAGUGUGUUGGAAUAAUACGGUACUUUAGUCCAACUACUCCCUGCAUUAGCAUAUCUAUCUUUGAACAGUACAGUGAGUGAGAGACAGGAGCUGGAAAUACUGUACACUGUACAAAAACACAACACUUAAAUGAUCGUGAUUGUGCCAGGGGAUUUGCACCAUACUUGCUGGCACAACUUGAUUUUCUUUUUACAAAUCUCCCAGAGCGCAUUGAUAUUGUGUAGUGACAUAAGCACAUGCCUUACGUUUCAAAUCCUUAUAUUUUAGAUGUGUGCAUAUAGGUUGUUGUUGAAUAACUCCAGAUCAGGGAUUUAGAGCAGUGAUGGUGCUGUUAUGGGAAAUACAAGCCCAGCAUAUCCUGGCAUGAAAGAUGGGUCAAAUUAGCAUAUUAGCUUCCUAUACUAAUACUAUUGGUUGCUUUUCAGCUGGCUGGCUAGGAAUUAUGGAACU